GAAAAUUGCAAAUAAGGCCAUAUCUUAUUCUUACGCAGAAAAAAAAAAAAGAAAAAAAAGAGAGGAUGGCUCCUCUCUUGAGUCACGUACCACCAACCCAAAUCCAAGAAAAAAAGAAAAAAAAAAAGCCCAAGAACAAAACGGAAGUUGGAAAUGGUUUAGGGGACUGCUCUAUUUUUUAUUUUCGGUGAGCUCCAUCCAUUACGGAGGGGGAGGAAUCUGGCGGCUAAGAGCCGAGGCUGGGACCAGAAGGCAGUGACUCGGCAAGAAUCGCUCAGGCCGGUCCGGGAGAUCAAGGCAAGCCUGUGCUGAAUCGCUCAAGGUAGUCCGUAGCAAACUGAUUGCUGAAUUCCAGAAGUUAAAAUAGCAGCAGCGAUUGUUGGAGAAAAUUCAGCAAUAACGACACUGGUUUGGAGAUAUGAAUUUCAAUUUUCUUCCAUUUUUUUGGCUGAGCAUUCGAUUUGUUUAAUGUCUAGUUUCACUUCUGGAGUCCAUCAAAAGUGCUUUGCUUUUGCCUAGAACGGUGAAUCCUGAUUGCUAGUUGGUAAUAUUUUAAAUGGUCAGAACAAAUUGCUUUAUUCUUAUUGUUUUAGUUAAUGACUUUAUUGUCAUGAGUACGCUAAAUUUUUAAGUCCUGGAUUAUGAUGAAGUUGCUAUGAUUUAGUAUGAAUUGUGAUUUUAGUUAUGUCAAUUGGCUGAGUUUUAUCCAUUGAUCUUAUUCGCUUAAUUGAUUAUGUUAAUUUCUGGCCAACUUUAGUAUGAUUAAUUAAGUUAUUUGAGUGGAUUAAUAGAGUACAUGCCAUACCUAUUAGUUCGAGCUCUUUUGGAUAAAAGAAUAGAUAAUUCAACUGUCUUGUUAAGUUAUCUAUUUGGUUCUCAAAUCGGGUUUCCGUAGUUCUUUUGUGAUUAAUGGAUUUUAACUAUUGAAUUAAUAAUUUCUAUUUGGUUAAUAGUUAAAGUACAUGACUUAUUCUGGACGCCAUACAGAAUAGUCAUAUUUCUGUCUAGAACGAACCCUCACUUUUAAUUGACUAACUAAAUCACAAAUACUAAAAAUUAGUGACAUAAUCAUAAUCCUGGACUAUCUUUUCUCUUGCUAAAUUCUCAAUCAAUUUUCUGGCAGUUGUUUAAUCAUAUUAUUUAUAUUGAUUUAAAUUCCUUGCAUUCAUUUUAAUUCAAGGUCUGCAUUUUCAGUUUCAAAUCAAAACACUCUCAAAACUCUUUUUAGUUAAAUAUAAUUCCAUUUUAUUAAUAGUUUUCCAAUUACUUAGUUGCAUUUUCCCCAUGGAUUCGACCCUUACUUGAGCACUAUACUACCGUGACUUGUGCACUUGCGAGGACUUAUAAAUUGUCUAUCAAUUUUUAGCGCCGUUGCCGGGGAAUUUGUUUAACUAGUUUUUGGAAAAUUGUUAAUUUAGUUUUAUUUUAGUUAGUUGUAUUUGUUUUUCUUUUCUUUUUUUUUCGUUUUUUUUUGUAUGCUUGGUCGCAGGUCUCUUAAUCCAGAUUUGCUAUCAUUGAACGACCAAGUAGAUUUAAUUGGCAAGAGGAUAAAAAGGCGACUGGAAUUUGUUCCAAAUCCAACAAUGGGUGAUGCUACACUGAUGAAAGAGUUUGGGAGGCCAACUGUAGGUGUCUCCCUGUCCUGCAUUGUACUGAGUGAGGCUGCCCGAAAUUAUGAUCUCAAGACAGUUCACUUUAACCAAUUGUCAUCUUUCCAUGGGCUUGCUUUUGAGGAUGCACUGAUUUUUAUUCGAGAUUUCUAUGGCAUCAUCCAAAAUUUCCCUUUGCAAGGAGUGACUGAAGAUGAGCUGAGGAUGAGGUGUUUUCCAUACACUCUCAAAGAUGCUGCGAAGACAUGGUUUAUGUCUUUAACACCUGGUUCAUUGCGCACAUGGGUUGAUGUCUACAACAAAUUUAUUGGCAAGUAUUAUUCUCAGUCUAAAACUUCAGAACUGAGGAGAAAAAUUGCCAAUUUCACUCAAGCUGAAGGUGAGCCAUUCCAUGAGGCGUGAGAGAGGUUUAAGAUGCUGCUCACUCAAUGUCCACACCACAGCUAUUCACUAGCGCUCCAGAAUCAGACAUUCUACGAUGGUUUGACACAAGGGAGCCAAGCUAUUGUUGACAACGCUCCUGGAGGAGCAAUGGGAGAGAAGACUGCAGAACAAACUUUAGGGCUUUUCGAGAUGCUGGGAGCCAAUUCACAAGAGAAGAGUGUGCGGGGCAAGACUCCAGGAAUUUAUGAAGUGGGAGUUAGGACAGAAUUAGCCAUCCAAAUAUCUGAUCUAUCCAAGCAAAUGAAGAACAUGUGCUCUGUGAUGACAACAAUGAGCAUGUCUACUCCCGUUGUGCAUGCAGUACCUGAAGGUGGUUUUGAGCAAGCCCACAUGAUGAACUCCUACAACCAAGGGCUAUAAAACGAUCCAUUCUUCAACUCCUACAACCCUGGUUGAAGGAAUCAUCCUAAUUUCUCUUGGAGUAACACGCAACAAAGCAAUCAGCCACCACCGAUGCAAAAGAAGCCUUCUUUGGAGGAUACUUUGCAAACUUUCAUGCAGAUCUGCACCCAAAAUCAGCAAACAAAUGAGCAGCGAUUUCAGCAGAAUGAAGCCUCUUUGAGGAAGCUAGAGAUACAAGUGGGACAGAUUGCUGAGUGUUUACAGGGCCAUGUGCAAGGGAAGCUAUCGAGUCAAUCUGAAGAGGCCAAAGCUAUCACGGUUCAAAGAAGUGGGAAGAUAAUUGAGAAAGAUGAACGACAACCUAUUUCUAAGCCACCAGAGAAGGUAGAAGCUGAAAAUAAAGAAGUUGAGGCUGAUCCAGUAGAUGAGGAGAUCGGGCUGCACAAAGGUGAAGAUCCAUAUGUGCCGCCUAAGCCGUAUGUUCCACCCGCUCCUUUCCCAAACAGGUUUAAAAGUUCGAAGCUUAACAAAUCUUUUGAUGAUAUUUAUAAGUUGCUAUCUAAAGUUAAUUUGAAUUUGCCUCUUCUUGACAUGAUAAAAAACAUGCCUGCCUACGUUAAUUUUUUGAAAGAAUUGAGCACCAGAAAGCGUAGGUAUGAACCGAAUGAAAAAGUGUUUGUUUCUAAGGCGGUUAGUGAUGUUUUGCAAAAAGAUUUGCUCCCAAAAUUAGAAGACCUUGGCAGUUUUAUUAUCAACAUUAAUUUGGGGAAUUCUAAAUCUGAGAAAGCUAUGCUUGAUUUGGGGGCAAGUAUUAACUUAAUGCCUUAUUUUGUUUACUUGAAAUUAGGGUUGAAUGAGUUGAAAUCCACUACUAUGUCCCUGCAGCUUGCUGACUGCUCUAUUAGAUAUCCUAGGGGCAUAGUAGAGGAUGUUUUAGUUCAAGUUGAUAAGUUGAUCAUUCCUACUGAUUUUGUGGUUUUAGAAAUGAGUGAUCAGUGCAAAUAUGUGAAAAAUAUGCCAAUCCUACUUGGUAGACCUUUUAUGGCCACAGCUAAAACUAUGAUUGAUGUUCAAAAUGGAAAAUUGACCAUAAGUGUGCUUAAUGAAACUGUUGAGUUUUCCAUUUUGAAAUCCAUGAGUAUGUCGGCUGAUUCUAGUUCUUGUUUUGCACUUGAUAUUCUUGAUCCUAUUGCUCCUUUGGACAAGUUGGAGGAAAAUGAUCUUGAGAAAGGUUUUAAUGAGAGUGCAAAAGUUUGCAAGAAGUGCAUUAAUUGUUUGCAUCAUAAGUCCAUUUUAAGGAAAGAUUUUAAACCUGGAAAAAAAGUGUUGUUGCUUGAUUCUCGUUUAAGAUUUUUUCCAGGCAAAAUAAAGUUAAAGUGGAUUGGGCCAUUUGUGGUUCGCCAUUUUGGUGUAAUAGUUUAGUUUGUAAAAUACUUUUUAUUUGUUUAGAUUAGGUUUAUUCUGAACUCAAACAGGUCCAAGAUCACUCUAGGGGCCAUGGGUGAACAUCAAAAGUGGAAGGAAAGUGCAAAAUCUCAAGACAAAAGAAAGAUCCUGAAUUUUUGUGUUGUACUCGGUCGGGUAUGACCUAUACCCGAUCGGGUACCCUGCUGAAAAAUCAAAUCGGAUCAAUCCGGGAACAAAUCAAAAUGCGGGGAAGAUUUUGGCCAUGUUCGAAUGUCAUACCCGAUCGGGUAGCCGACAUACCCGGUCGGGUAUGCAUGACGAUUUUAGCUUCCGGGAAGCUUCUGAGUGUAUCCGAUCGGGAGCCAUAUAUACCCGAUCGGGUGCACACCCCUGCACACUCCAUUUCCCUAUAAAUACAUCCCUUUCCUUCUCAGAAAGACAACCAAUUCCUAUAUACUUCUAAGCUCAGUCUAGAAUAGUUCUUUCUUUAUAUUUUCAUCAUGUUUAGUCUCCAAAUGAGGAGUUAAACUCUUCCAUCUUGGUUUUGCUACUUUGAAGCUUAAUGAAUUUGUAAGUUGUGAGUUAUUCUCUUUAAUUUUCUUCCUUG